CGGUGGACACUGCCCAGUAAAACUCUGCCUGGAGACGCGAAUGGACCAGGGACAGGAACGGCCCCGCAGUCCUCGGAGGGUCCUCCCGGAAGAGCCUCCUUCCUGGAAAGAAUGCAAAUUUAUUCAUAACCUACAAUCGGAGCAUAACUUACCUGUUCUGAAACACCAUGGGCUUGAGUGCUUAAAUGAUGAUGAACUGUGCCAACUUCUGCUUCAGAAUGAUCCUUCACUUUUACCUGAGAUAUGUCCGCAUUAUAACAGAGGUGAUGGACCCCACGGGUCUUGUAACUUUAAGACAAUCUGUAUCAAACUUCACAUUUGCCAGCACUAUUUGCUGGGAGACUGCAGAUUCGGCAGUAACUGCAAACGAUUACAUGACAUUUUUAAUCCAGAAUGUUAUGAAAAACUGGAGAAACGUGGAAUGAGCUCAGACCUGAUUAACAGACUGCCCUCCAUCUUCAGGAACGUGUACGACAUCAAAAAUGGCAACUCCUCACCAACCAAAGUGAAAGGUGACAGUCUGAAUGAGGUAUCCACAAUUCCAAAUAAUAAUGAAAAAUUGGAAGAGAUCUGCUUAUAUCACAUAAGGCGAAGUUGUAGUUUCCUAGAUAAGUGUAUCAGAGAACAUUUUCAUUUGCCAUAUAGAUGGCAGAUCUGUGACGGUGCUGAGUGGAAGGACUUAAAGGAUAUGGAAAAGAUUGAAGAGGCAUAUUGUGACCCUCAGAAUAACAGCGCUCAUGUGAGAGGCUCUGUCUCAGAGUUCAUAAAUUUUCAAACUAUGACCUGUGGCUCUAGAAAAGUUAGACGCCUCUCCACGGAAUCAUCUGUGACCAAACCCCCUCAUUACAUUCUUACAACAGACUGGCUGUGGUACUGGAAGGAUGAAUAUGGCUUGUGGCUUGAAUAUGGAAAACAAGAUGUUGACCAUGCUGCUGCUACUGUAUGUAGCAGUGACCUGGAGAAAGCUUACCUAGCCAAAGGGUCUCCAACAGCACUGCAGUUCAAAGCUGGGAAGCACGAAUAUGAGAUCAAUUUUAAAGACAUGAUCCAGAAAAACCUUCGCUACAAGACGGAGAGAGAGGUUUGCAGGAGACCCAAAUUCAUCUCUCCAAAAGAGGUUGAAAAGAAAAAAAUCAGUGGGGAUCAACAUUCAGGAGAGUGGAAGAACAUUCCAGACCACUGGGACAAGUCUGUCUUACCAGAAGUUGGAUAUAAGCUUAUCAAACUUCUCAGUUCUUCAGAGGAAUACAAAAAAAUCCAGGCUGACUUUCAGCGCACAAUGCCCAAAACUGCCAUUCUGUGCAUCCAGAGAAUCCAGAACCCAUCUCUCUGGGAAAUGUAUCAAUGGCAGAAAGAACAAAUGCACAAAAGGAACGCAGGGAAAGCUGUGGCCGAGAAGCUCUUAUUUCAUGGGACCAGUAAACAGUACGUUGAUGCUAUUUGCCAGCAGAACUUUGACUGGAGGGUCUGUGGCCUUAAUGGUACAGUCUAUGGCAAAGGAAGCUACUUUGCAAGGGAUGCAUCUUACUCUGAUAACUAUAGCAAGAGUGAGCACAACGUCAAGACAAUGUUUCUGGCACGGGUGCUAGUGGGGGAGUUCACCUGUGGUAACUCUUCCUAUCGUCUUCCUCCCCCCAAAAGCGGUCAAAACAGUUACUAUGACAGCUGUGUGAAUAGCACGAGUAACCCAUCUAUCUUUGUCAUCUUUGAGAAGUACCAGAUUUAUCCUGAAUAUCUGAUAGAAUACACAGACCAGCCAUUGGCAGCAAAGCCAUUAAGUGUUUAUUCAUUCAAUUCAUAUUUUCAGCAGAAUUUGUUUAACUGAGGAGAGUGCCUUCUGUCAGAAGUGGGCUUGGUUGCAUUACUAAGCAUUAGGGCCUUGUUGCAUGUUAAUUUCAGGCAGCUCCCGGAGCUCUUAACCUCUGGAUUGUCCUCACAUUAACACCUCAAACUAGUUUUAAGGACGCUUUAAGCGGCUUAAAGAUAUGCCACUCUAGGGCAGGUUUCUCUUUCAUCCACGUUAACCAGCUCAUGUUCCCUUAAUGUGUGGCCACUCCCUACAGGUGAACUACCCAAGUUACAGCCCUCCAGGAUCACAAGAUGCAUUGUCUCCCCCCUACCCCCUAUGUGGACAAACUUUCUCCCCCCUUGAACUCUUCUGCCCAGGGGUGCAAGCCUGCAGAGCUUGCCAGCUAGCCAGGUUGCAGGGCACGAAGGGGUCCAACUUCAUUUUCCUGCCUCCACCCAACCCAUCUCUCACAUCCCCCACCUGCAGCAGAGAUGGAAGCCUGUCCUGGUUCACCAGCCCUGUAGUGGCAACUCACAGCUGUAGCUCCUAGGCAGGCCCCUGCUCACCAGCCCUCUAGUGACCAGCUCAACAUACAACAUGUAAUAAGACCCUUAUUCUCUCCACGGUCUCCUAAGUAACUUACGGUACUUUAUAACGUAAAGGACAUUUUAAGAAUUUGAAAAAUGUAUCUUAGUGGGGUUACUUCAUUUUCUCUACUUAGUUUGGGGUUAUAAAUCUUCUUGGCAUUCACAUGAUUCUUGUAAGGGGACAUGAAGUAACAGAAUAGCAGUUGGCUGUAUGACUCUUAACAUGACUUAUUUUUAAUGCUCUGUAUUCAUUUUUAUUAAUUCUCAGGAAGGGAAGUCAGAUGUGUACUAAGCAGCAGGAGCAGAAUUUGCACAAGCCAUUUUUUGGCAAGACAUUUCUUUACUUCCGUAGAAAUGGUUUUGCCCACAGAGUUGCUUUGCGCUGUUGCUUCCACAUCAGGGUGACCUGCUAACAUGCUCUGCUACUCUGUGGGGUGUUUCUUCUUAAUACCUUGUGCUUGCCAAGGCGUAAAUUUGUGUUGUAAAAAUAAUGCAGGGAGUUGUAAAGGACCUGUAGUUUCAUUAACUACUAGUGCCAUCAGCAAUCUGACUUGACCUUUGGGAUGCUAAUAACAAGAGUGAGGUUUUUUUAUGUGGUUGGAGCAUCAACAGUCUGGCUGUGGUCUGUCUUCACUGU